UUUAAAAUUUUUAAUUUAAAUUCGGUUACCGUUCGAUUUCUGAAACUGAGCCGGACAGAGAUAGCCGGUUAUCGCGAUUUUUCUCGGUAACUGUCGAAUUUUCGAACCCGGAGCAACUAAGGCCAUUAGGCCUAUUCUAUUACUGUGUUGGGCUGGGCCGGGCCGGGCUGGGCUGGGCCACAGGGCCCGAGCGGGACUACAAGCAAGGCAGGGCGGAAGACGAGGCGAGGGAAGCAGCCGCAGCGACCCGAUCUACACCAGCAACAGAAGAAGAUGGCGGCGGCCUCACUUGUGUCAUCGCUCACCGUGCCCCUCGUCUCCGCCGCCCUCGGCGCCGCCAUCGCCCUCGUCUUCCUCGCCGGCUACCUCCGCCGCAAGCGCGGCGCCAUCGCCCACAUCCCUCCCACCGCCGCCCCCGACCAGCCCAAGCACGUACGCCCCUCCAGCCAGGCCCAGCACAAGAAGGGACACCUCCGCCCGCACCACCACACCGCCGAUAAGGAUGCUGCGAAGAAGCACCACCAUCUUGAUGUCAACACCUUGAGGGGGCAUACUGACUCAGUCACUGCACUUCACUUCUCCGAUGAUGGCCAUGACCUAGUCACCGUAUGUGCGGAUGGAGCUGCGAGAGUAUUCAGGAUUGAUGAUACUUCAAGCAAGAGCUUUAAGAUUCUUAGGAUAAACUUGCCUGCUGGGGCUCAUCCUACCGCUGUUGCUUUCUCAGAGGGUUCAUCAUCUGUUGUUGUGGCAGCACAGGCUCUUCUGGGCUCAUCUCUCUAUAUGUAUGCGGACGUCAGUGCUCCUCCAACUGCAGAAAAGAAGCAGCAGGGCAAGCUUUCUCCGCCUGAAAUCAAGUGGAAACACCACAAGAUUCAUGGCAAGGAGUCAGUUCUGAACCUUGCAGCGGCCCGUGCAACUUAUGGGUCCGGUGAUGGGAGUACUAUACUUAUUUCGUGCUCAGAAGCAACUGAUAUCAAAGUUUGGCAUGGGAAGAGUGGAAAGGAGUUAGGAACAGUUGACACCAAUCAGUUAAAAAAUAAUAUGGUUGACAUAUCCCCAAAUGGCCGCUUCAUAGCUGCUGCAGCGUUUACUGCUGAUGUCAAGGUGUGGGAGAUAGUUUAUUGGAAGGAUAGCUCUGUGAAGGAGGUUAACAGAGUCAUGCAACUCAAGGGUCAUAAGAGUGCUGUUACCUGCUUGUGCUUUGCUCCGAAUUCUGAGCAGAUUAUUACUGCAUCCAAAGAUGGUUCCAUUCGAGUGUGGAACAUUAAUGUAAGGUAUCACCUUGACGAGGAUCCAAAAACCUUGAAAGUUUUCUCAAUUCCACUGCAUGACUCGAAAGGUUCUGUUUGCCUCUAUGAUCACAUGAGCAUCUCUCCUGAUGGUAAAGUUCUGGCUGUAACUAGUGGAUCAACAUUGCAAUGGUUAUGUGCGGAAACUGUUGCUGUUUUAGAUACAGCUGAGAAGGCACACGAAGGUGAUAUAACUGGCAUUGCUUGGGCUCCGCAGACAGUUCCCAAUGGAGGCGUGCCUGGGUUUAUUUUAGCGACUGCUGGUGUGGACAAAAAGGUGAAACUUUGGUUAGCUCCAGAGGUUCGUUCAACAUGAGUGAUAUGUUGAAUUCUGGCCAUUAUCUGUAAGACAGCUUACCCAAGGGCACAGAAAGAAAGAAAGAAGAAGGGGAAAGAUUCAGGCUUAGCUUAAAACAUGGGAAGCUUUUACUUGAUAUGCACUGAAGCAUAGUUCUGUUGCUUUCAGCUUGUGAGGGAUAGUUUUUGAGGCCUGACUGAUGACAGUCGUGGAACAUGGAGAGAGUGUCUGUGCGCACGUGCAGACGAUCAUCCAUCAUGGUACUGUAGUUUCUCUAUAGAUUCUGCUAACCUUUUGAAAUAAGCUGAAUGUUGUAUGUGCUUUUUUAUUUAACUGGGAUUUGUUGUGUAAUCGUACCAAUUUGCGUGGUUGCUGCUGCUUCGAAUGCUCGAGCCCCAUCAUGUUU